AUGUUGUCAAACACACCAACAGACGAUGGCGAGAUCGACCUGGAAGUCAGAGGUAAGGGCGAUCGCAUGCCCUUGCUGAGGCGCAACAGCCAGGAUGAACCAGUAGGCGACACACCAUAUUACAGCGGCCCCAAGCCUCAGAUCGAUGUGCAGCGCCGUCUGACAAUGACCGAGAAGAUAUCCUAUGGUCUGGGCGAGGGUGGUCUGUCCAUCUACCAGGUGAUUAAGGGAUUCUUCCUCAACACCUUCUUGCUCAGCGUUGCCAAGCUCAACCCGCUCUACUCUGCGCUUAUCCUUUUCACAACGAAAGCCGUCGAUGCUUUCUCUGACAUCUUUGUCGGAUCCCUCAGUGACCGUACCGUGUCACGUUUUGGACGUCGUAGAGUCUGGAUUCUCGGUGGCAUGUUCCCUCUGGCUAUCCUCUAUACUGCUCUAUGGUACGUCCCACCAGUGUCUGAAGUGGCCAAGGUCGUAUAUUACCAAAUCAUUGUAAUUCUGCUGAGUAUUGCCUACACAUGUGUGGCCAUUCCUUACUCUGCCAUGAAUGCAGAGAUCACAAGUGACUAUGAUGAAAGGACUUCCCUGGCAGGCUAUAGAAUGAUAUCUAUGAUGCUUGGAGGUGUGGUGUCAUCUUUCGUACAUUCGAUACUCAUCAAUACAUUCACAGAGACAAUCGAUGGUGUCAAGGUCACAGACUAUGAAGCCGGUUAUCUACUCAGUGGUGGUGUUUGGGGAUCAAUCAUGCUGAUCCCACUGUUCAUCACAUUCUGGGGCACCAGGAACAUCAAGACUGCAGCACUCUCCGACUCCCACGUCCCAUUCUUCCAAGGACUCAUGGUGAUGUUCAAGAACAGAGCAUUCAUCACUGUCACAUUGCUUUAUUUCUUCUGCCAGAUUGCCGUUCAAUUUGUCCAGAACAACUUGUUGAUGUACUGUACCUAUGUGGCUAAUGCCGAGAAGGACUUCCCAUAUAUCUUGGCCACACUUCAGAUAUCGGUCAGCAUCUUCAUCGUCUUUUGGAGCAAGAUGUGCCAACUUCUUGGCAAGAAGACAGUGUAUUAUAUCGGUGCAGUGUUCCUGCUGGUGGCAUUUGCCAGUCUAUACUUUGUGCCAGCCAACAACAAGGCACUUGUCUGGGGUAUUGCUGCAUUCAGUGGCAUUGGUGUAUCUGUUGCCUUCCUGGUACCAAUGUCUAUGUUGCCAGAUGUGAUCGAGCUCGAUGAACUGAAAACUGGAGAGAGACGUGAGGGUCUGUUCUGCUCGCUGUUCCUCUUCUUCCAGAAGCUCGGUCUGUCGGUCGGUCUGGCCGUGUCCAACUUUGUGCUCAGUGCAGCUGGCUACACGGCACCAGCCAGCGUCGAUGGCGACAGCAAUGAGAUCAUCGACAACAACAAGGAGAACGCAAGCGUUGUCUUUGCCCUGCGUAUGCUGGUCAGUGUUGUUCCAACAGUCAUUGUAUUAUUUAGCUUUGUCGCUGUCUUCUUCUAUCCGAUCACCAAGGAGUCACACAACCAAACCAGAGAGUUACUACGCAGGAAGAAGGAAGGUGCAACUGUCAUCGUCGAGAAUUAA